AUGUCGCCGUACAGGUUGGUAUUUGGAAAACCGUGUCACCUUCUAGUGAAGUUCGAGCACAGAGCUUUUUGGGCGAUCAAACAAUGUAAUAUGAACCUAGAAGAGGCCGGUGCUCAACGGAAGUUGGAUUUGCAAGAAUUGGAGGAGAUCCGGAACGAAAUCUACGAAAAUGCACUAGUUUACAAGGAGAGGAAUCGGGCAUUUCAUGACCAACAAAUCUCUAGAAAGACCUUUGAAGUUGGUCAGAAGGUCCUCCUGUACCAAUCUAGGCUCAAGCUCUUCCCAGUUGAAAUCCAGAGUGCUAAAACAGACAACAAGUUUGUAGUGAAUGGACACCGUCUCAAACACUAUUAUGAGGGUCUUGUAGAUGGAGAGAUAGAGGCAAUACGGUUGGAUGAGCCACAGUGA